AUGGUCGGUGGUAAAGCCAAAGAAAUGCGGGGAGCUGUGUGUAUCCGUGAGGGGUCAUCGAGGGUUGGACUGGCUGUAUUUGCGGUGAUGGGACACGACCAUGGACCAAAGAUACCAUCAUAUAAAAUAUAUAACAAUUAUCGUGAGAUACCGAAACUCCGAGCACAUGAAGAAAGGCUGGAACGGAUUGGCUUAAAAGAUCCCUGGAUAAGGAAUUACUCAUAUUUAUUUAUGGGGCGAUUUGCUGGUGAUCCGUGGGGUAGCUUCAAAUAUAUGAUUCGUGCUGGAUGGAAAUUAGGAUGUGGUGUUGCGGCUGCGGUAAUAGUCGUUGAAGAAUCAUAUAUGUACUGGAAAUAUGGACAUACACAUUGGGGAAAAGAACAUCAUUAG